CCCACCCCACCCUUGCUCCCCUCCGCAGUGUCCCAAGCCCUGCAGUGCUACAGCUUUCAACACAUUUACUUCGGGCCCUUUGACCUCAGCGCCAUGAAAUUCCCCAACAUCUCCUGUCUCCACGGAUGCUCCGAGGCUGUCUUGUCCGUGGACACUGGGUACCGCGCCGCGGUGACCAUGGUGCAGAAAGGCUGCUGGACAGGCCCGCCCAGCGGCCAGAUGCGAUCCAACGCCCGCGCGCUGCCGCCCGACUACACGGUGGUGCGCGGCUGCGCGACCGACUUGUGCAACGCCGACCUGAUGAACCACUACACCAUCCCCAACCUGAGCCCAGCGCCCAACCCGCAAACCCUCAGCGGCGUCGAGUGCUACUCCUGCGUGGGCAUCCACCCAAAGGACUGCGCCCCGGAGAAGUCCCGACGGGUUCAGUGCCACCAGGACCAAAGCGUCUGCUUCCAGGGCAAUGGCCAUAUGACCGUCGGCAACUUCUCAGUCCCCGUGUACAUCAGAAGCUGCCACCGGCCCUCCUGCACCAUCGCGGGCACCACCAGCCCCUGGACAAAUAUCGACCUCCAGGGCUCCUGCUGUGAGGGGCGCCUCUGCAACGGGGGGGCCGUGGCCCAGCCCUUCACCCCCGCCCCGUCCACAGCUCCUCACCUGGCACCCCCCGUCCCGGCCCUGCUCCUCACCGUGCUCCUACUGGUGGGCAGUCCGGGAGGACCCCCUGGGCUCCCCUCAUAGACAGCCCCUCCAGUCCUCUCAUGAGCCGGAUGCCGGGGGCAGGGUGCACGCCCCCCUCUCUCGGCUUCAGCCCCUGUGAUGUGGCUCACUGGAAAAUAUCAAGUAAGAAUUGUACUCUUGUCUCUCUUUCUCUCCCUCUCCUGCUUCCCUACUGUCUCCCUUGUCCUUUUCCUGUCAGCAGGCCUGGGAGAAAUUGGGGCCCCAGCACCCCCGGGUGUGGAGAAACAGCCACAUCCUGCCCCACAUGAAGAGCAAUCCUGACAAUAGCUGUUAGUCACUGGGCACCAGCCCAGCACUGGUACCCCACAGCCCGGCUGCCUGUGCUCCCUCCAGAGCCCAGGACCAGCUCCAGAACGGAGCGCCAGUGCUGUCUGGAUCAGUACCAUCAUGAGAGGCUCCAGAGGCAGUGCGUCCUAGGAGUUAGGAGCCCAGCCUCUCGAGGGAGGCUGUAUGGGUUUGAAUCCCAGCUGCACCUUGUAGCCUGUGGGUGACCUUGGGC